AUGGAAGAUCUACCUGAACCGGAAAUCGAAGUUGUUCAUUUAGAAAUAGUUGAAGCACAUCCAGCUGAAAGUGGAAAUUUAGUAUUCGUAGAGGAUGAAAAUGUUGAGAUUGUGGUGGUUGGAGCAGAAGCUGAAGAAUUAAGCAAAAUAAUUUUGGAGGAUCAGGCAUUACCACAAAUAUCAGGCGAGGAAUAUGAUCGAUGUUUUGUCUGUUGGCAACGCAGAGAUGACGUUGUAGGCAUUAAUAUUGUUCUGCCAUGUGGACACGGGUGGUGCUGUGAUCCGUGUGCUCGACGUUUGUCCAAAUGUCCUGUCUGCAGGGUAGAAUAUCCAAGAACCCUAAAUAUUAAUAUUAUGUUGACAAGUUCAAAUAAUGUCUCAUGGAUACGCAAUAUUAAUAGCCUUAUGGACCCGACAGGCAGUAACUGCAUUUGUUGUUGGAGGGCAUAUAGAGACGCCCCAAAUGGUUCAAGGUGCAUGGAAUGUAUCACCUCACUUCCAGACAUUUGUGAAGUGUGUGAUGAUACUGUGGACGGUGUUGCACAAAUGUUCAUAAGCUAA